AUGCAGUCACCUUCAAUAUUAGAUUUUUCUCAUCCACCUUCAAAGAUAACUCCAAAGCAAGACUUUGAAAAUCAAUUUGAAACAUAUAUGAAACAACAGAAAGUAGAUAAAAAUAAUAAUUCAGCCUCCAGUACUUCAACAACGUCUCAAGAUAUUCCCAGCGUUACGACGGGUUUGAUGUACAAAUUAUCGGCAAUAGCAGCAUAUACCACUACGAUGGCUUCCGAAGCCUAUAAAACUCUGACGGCCGUUGGAGCCAUUGAACCAGAGUCAUCCACCACGGGAACGGGGAAAAGAAGAGAUUAUAAUAAUAGUUAUUUUAAUGAAGAUGUCAUGCAAAUAAACGCGGAUGAUUCGGAUGGAGCUUACGACAAUGAUGAAAUGAGCGACCUGGAUAUGGAAUAUAAUGGUCGAGAAAUAAAUAAGAAAAACGAUAAAAAGAUGGAAGCUAAAUGGUCGGUGAAUGAUGACGAUGAACCUCCGCCACCGUACGAUAGUAUCUGCCCAUCGUCAACUUCAACAUAUAAUGCUGAAACAUGUUCCAGAACAAAGAAUUUGACGGAAUCUCCAACUUCCUCAUCUCCCAAACGUAUAAGUUUUGCAACCCCUCAAGCAAGAAGUAAAUCCACCCCACCAUCAUCGCCGAAAGAUGUGAACUCGCAAACGUUGCCUAAACGUCGACAAAUCCGGGUACGACGUAAUCGAAGAUUAAUUCGACGUAAAUCCUCAUUAAAUGAAGUUUCUACCCCACGAGCAGGAAGUUAUGAUGAUCCAGACGAAUUGUUACUAAAAGUGAACGAUAAAUUAAGUGAUAUGAUAGCGCAAGGACGCGCAGCAUUAACGAGUCAAGUUGAUAUAACAGAAGUUGAUAUGUUGUUGGCUGAGGAAAGAGAACGAGAGGAAAGAAUAAUGAAGGAAUUUGGUCUUCAAACUCCCGUUGGAAGGAAGGGAAGGAAAAACGCAGUUUACUCCUCAGAUUACGAAUAUUUCAACUCCAUAUCGGAUGGCAAUUAUUCGGCUCCCGAAUCUUCAUUUUAUGAGUAUGGAUAUGAUUCGCACAGUCGACAUGGAAGUGGUGAAUUCACAUCCACUUCAAGAUUUGAAGCCCCCGUUGGAUUUCCUUCCAAUGGAAAUUUUAACGCACCUUCCCAAUUUAGUUCACCGGGAAUGUAUCAUACACCAGGAGUGUAUAAUUUUCCUUCCAAUCUUGGAUUCGGUUUAGGCAACAACAAUAAUGGUGGUAAAAUUGCUGAAUCAUCUUCAAAUGACUUCAUGGGCACCAUUCCAAAUCGAUUUCAAGGAUCUUCUUCUUCAAAUGGAUUCAGCGAUCACUCGAUACCGAAUGGAUUCGGAAGCGGACCAGUUUCAGGAGGAUUUGGAGGUUCUGUCAGGUUUGGAGGACAGCAAUCGUUCGUACCAAAUGUUGGUCCUUUUGUACAAAAUAAUAAUAAUGGUGGUUUCGUAAAUUAUGGCCAAGGUUUUGGUUCAAACACUGGAUUUGGAUCCAAUGGAGCCUAUGGAACAAGCGGAAUGUAUCAUAAAAAUCGGGAAUUCAUAUAUUAA